GCAAGCGAGCGGAGUAGUAAUUGAGAACAGUUUGCCUUUGCGAAGAGACUCUCUCGCGCUUCUCUUAAAGGCGCAGGCGGAACUGUGAAGUGUUGCUUUUUUUUUUUGAUUGAACGAAGAUUGCGAAUAUGUGAAACAAUCAGUUGACUAUUUUAAAAACGCCAUUUUGCGGGCUUAUUUUUUUCCUUCUUAGGAUCUGUGCUUUGUUUUCAGUUGCUCAAAGAAGUGGCGCGAGUCUUGCUGGAUUGGGGAGAAGACAUCAGGAAGUGACAAACCACCAUUCAGCCUUCCGCGCUGCCGCCGCCGCCGUGUGGCGAGCAUUCCUCCUCGGCAUCCAGGGGUGAUGGGGAGGCGAGGAAGAUAAAGUUUAGCUUCAUCAACGUCAUCGAAAUAAUGCAGCAACAGCUCGCCGCGAGCUCCGCUCCUGGUUUCUACCAUGCCAGGCUUGGAGUGACUUGAGACCCGCUGGGUUGGCCAACGGCUCUCCGGCUUGGAACAAGGGGAAGUUAGGAAAACUGAGUCUGGGGGGGGGGUCUACUCUUCUCUCCCUGGAGGAACGGGAGCGGGCUUCUGUCUUUGUUUCUCAGGUUUUGAAUCGGCAUCCUGGUUUUUAACUGUGUGACUCUUUUUCGUAGGUAGAUUGCAAUGGCUUCCAAGCUUCUGAGAGCCGUCGUCUUGGGUCCCCCGGGAUCCGGCAAAGGAACUGUGUGCGAGAGGAUCGCCAGGAGCUUUGGCCUCAAGCAUCUUUCCAGCGGGCAAUUUUUACGGGAAAACAUCAGGGCAAACACUGAUAUCGGUAUAUUGGCAAAGCAGUAUCUUGAGGAAGGUGUUUUGGUACCAGAUCAUGUAAUUUCACGUGUAAUGAUGACAGAACUGGAGAAAAUGCAAACUCAGCCUUGGUUACUAGAUGGUUUUCCAAGGACAUUGGGUCAAGCUGAAGCACUUGACAGGAUAUGUGAACUGGAUCUAGUGAUAAGUUUGAAUAUCCCAUUUGAGACUCUUAAAGACCGUCUCAGUGCUCGUUGGAUUCACCCAGCAAGUGGAAGAGUAUAUAAUAUGGAAUUCAAUCCACCUCAGAUGCACGGUAUUGAUGACAUUACUGGUGAACCAUUAAUCCAACGGGAAGAUGAUAAACCUGAAGCUGUUGCUGCUAGACUAAGAAAAUACAAGGAUGCUGCAAAGCCUGUAAUGGAAUUGUACAAAAACAGAGGGAUCCUACAUUCAUUCUCUGGGACAGAGACCAACAAAAUCUGGCCUUACGUUUAUACUUUGGUGUCCAGCAAGAUUCCUCCAGUCCAUGUAGAAGAAGCUAACUGAGCAUCCUUAAAAUGGGAAUAAGAAUUUUAUGUUGAUUUUGGUUUUGUUUCUGAUGUGCUGUAUCUGUGCUCUGCUCUUUUUUAAAGAGUAGCUAUUCUCCCUGAUGUUACUGGAGAAUAGUUGUGGAACGACAUCUUUCAAUGAUUAUUCUGUAUGGAAUUCUACUUCUUGGCAUAUAAAUACUUGUGCAUGGACUUCAAGUAAUUGUAAUUGAUAUGCAGACACAGCUACACCUGAGCAGAUCUGUAGAGCCCGUUGUUCAGUCCCUCCAGCUACAAUUAGUACUUCUCUAUAUUCAGUGUGCAUUUUUGUGGAUCCUUAAUCUAACACUCCAUGCCUAUUGAAACACACACACGCUAUUCUAGGUGUACCUGCAACGCAGCAAGCACUGUGGAAAAUACAUGCAUUAUACAGGUCAAAUAAUGUAUAUUUUGAGUACUUCAUAAACUGAGAAGAAUCAUGGUGAUUUCAAUAUCUUGGUUUGCUAAGAAGCCAACCUUAGAAAAGUAUCUGUUAUAAAAAUGCUGCUGUGAAAUAAAACUAGACUUUUAAAUUUGGAGUGGCUUUAGGCCUUUCUUUGUUAAAGAGUGGGCCUGUUCUAGAUCUAAGAAAAGUUGCACUACAUGGUUAGUAGUUCUAAAGCUUUAAUGUUAUAAUAUAAUACCACCAGUCACUAAAAGUGCAAUAUCUCAAUGUUUUGCCUCUGUAAAAUUGUCCCAAUUGUGCCCUCCAGGCAAAUGAUUCUGUGGGCAAACAUAAUGUCAGACUCAGUUGGUGGUUGAUGCAAUAAAUAGCAAAGAUCCAUUACUACAGAGGUAAGGAAAAACGCCUCUGCAGUUAUAUGUUAGUGACUCUUGGGUCUACAUUUUGAAAUUGUCCAAGUAACUCAUGAAGCUUGAUCACAUUGUGCAAAAAAUGUAUACCAAGACUAAGACUUAGUUUAAUUGGAUUAGGAGGGUUGAGAGUUUUCAUUUGGAUUCUAUAUUGCUAUUAGAAUUGCAAUUCUAGGAAUAGGUGUAAAUUAGUUGUUGUUUUUUAAUCAUUGUUAUAUAUAACUUACCAGGCUUACCUGGUUGGUUUUUAAAUCUGCAUUAGGAAUUACAAAAGUGAGACUUCUGACUUUAUUGCCUCAACCUGUAUUUCCAGUGUCCUCUUCCUUUCCUUGCUAAUCGCUUCAUGCCAUACUUCAGCGUCUGACUGAAGCUGCAGGUAAGAUAAAGAUUUGGCUGAAUAAAAACAAAUCUGACUACUGUGCACCUAUUCGUUAAUAUUCACUCUGCUGUUACAAUGUUGUUCUUGAGUUUAUAUGCUGCUAAGUGCAGUUAGCCUGAGUAUUGACCAAAUUUCUGUCAGUUGAUUUUAGAUCAGAAACUGAAUAGAAAUAUUUAACUUUUGGUGUGUUUGCUCAAAAUUACCUUUUCUCAAGGAACCAGUUUCUACUCUACAAUGAUUAUGGAAAAACUGGGGCUCUACUGUAGGAAUUUCUACAUGUUAUGUAGGAUUCAACAUUAUUUUUUGAUAGAUGGUGCUAAUGGUCCUUGAUGUUGGCCCAUGCAAGCAGAAAUUGCAUUGUUGAAUGUUUAAAAUUUAACCUCUUUUUCUCUGUAUAUUUCAUGAUCAUUGGUUGCCAUUCCAAAUCUUGCUGCGGAAGCUAGCUUCGAGGGUACCCAGAAGAUUCAAAUGAAAUAGACCAUUUAUAAGAUGUCUAAGCUUUUUCUCUUCAUUCUUUUAGAUGCCAGGUUGGAUCCAGUGCAAGUUAGUUUCAUUCAUUUAAGUAGAAAUUACAGCUAACUCAAAUCUUGCUGAAAUCAAUAGGAUUUCAAUUGUUUGCUUAUCUGCUAAGAAUUAAAAAUAGUUUCUGAAACGGAUGAAAAAUGUAUGGGAGUUCUCUAUAUUUCUUAAUGUUCUUGAACCUUGCUAUUUGAAUAUAAAUCCUUUGGCUUUUAUUCUUUUGCAAUAAAAUAAUUCAUACAAUGGUUUCCUUAAACUAGAAGUAAGUACUGUAACUUUUAGAGAAAUUCUGAUUGUGAACAGGAGUAGAAUGAUACAUUUUUUACCACUCUCCAGAUGUAGCCAUCAGGCAGAGUGAGAAUGAGAGGAAGUUGGGCCAGCCUGAAAAACCUUAUUAAGCUGUAUCCUUUCUUUGGAUUUUCACUUCUGAAAUGGAAGGAAAAUUAAUUAGGACAAUUCCAUGUUGGUUUAGCUAGAGGGUCCAAAUCUGGAAUCUAGAUAGGCUUUCCAGUGAAACCUAAGCUGUCCAUAUUAUACCCUAGAAUGUUCCAUAUCAUUGGUGGUGUCACUACCCAUGGAGCUUCGCAGAAAUAUACUAGGGGUGCCAGGAUGGACAUAUAUCUCUGCCUUACCCUAAUACCUCCAGACAGUUGUCUAAAAAGGUCUUAGGACUGCACUGUCUGAUAUAAUACGUAAAAACAGCAUAACUUCACUAAAUUGUCUUGUUGCCUUAUUUUAUAGAUUAUUAAAGGGGUGGAGUAGAAGCAUAUUUGAAUAAAUUAAUCUGACUUUUACUGAAUUGUUACUUUCUCCUGUAACUCUGCUGCUGAUAUCAAAAUUAUGCUUUUUUGACAGUAUAGAAUUAACUUCCACACAUAACAAAAUAAAUCAAAAGACUUCCUAAUAUCUCUAAUGUAAGAUUGGAGCUUAAUGCCAUUUUGUCUGCACACACACAAACACUCUAUGCAUUAGAUUAUACACAGGGGGAAAAAAUGGCAAUGCAAUUAAUAUUUGCAAAAUUGAAUUGGCAAAGCCCCAGUGUUGGUACAGUACAUUUCAACCUUUCUACAUAAGUUUUACACAGGAAGAUAUGUUGCUACACUCUUCAGCCUGAUGUCCAGGUUACUUUUAGAUCUUUACAGAUUUAGGGUGAAGAUCUGAAUCUUCAUAUAAGAUCUUUUCUGAGUGUACUUACAGAUCUUCCAUGAUUGGGAAGCUUGUUCCAUCUAUGUCAGUAAGUAGCACUCUUAAUAGGGUUACAAGAGUUAAGCUGCAAUAAUUACAUGAUCUCUAGAUAUCAGCAGAUGAAGAAAAGUUAUAACUCUUAGUCACCUUCUAGUAGUUGUGCAGAUUUUGAGCCCAGAUCUGGUAGUCUUACCUUUGAAGAUCUUCAUGUUGACCUUGUAAUGAUAUACAAAUCAUUUGAGAGAGGAUACUCAUUUCUUCCAACAUUUUUCUAUAUUAAUGAGCAGGCAAUCAUCUGCAUAAGACAAUAGAAGGAAAUUGUUUUUCAUUUUUGUAAGAAUUUUAUUUUUACACCAAGUAUUAGAGGGAGAACCAGGCUGCAGUCCUCUGUCCACACUUGCCUGGGAGCAAGUUUCAUUGAGUUCUGUGGGUCUCAUUAAUAGGUGUGCAUAGCAUUGUCCACUUGCCUUUUUAAAAUUUACAUAGACAUAUUGUUAUCAAUACACUAUUUUGCUACUUGUUAAUAUAAUUUCAUUUAAAGGUGUACUGUAGCAGUUACUUAUGUGUGAGUAUGCAAAUGUGAGUUAGCUACUCACUGUUGCAUUCAUUGUUUUCACAGAUAGCAGUUGAACUAGAAGCCAUCCAAAACAUUAAGGCCAUUGCAUUACAGUAGAGUACUUUCAAAAGUUUAAAUUAUGAAGCCUGUGCUCACAUAGCACAGUGUGCAUGUAGCCCACAAGAGUCAUGUUUGUGUCAAAAUUGUAGCAAACCUACUUAAAAAGCAGAAUCUUGCUUUUGGCUGAUAGCUACAUCACCAUAUCACUAUGACCAUACCUCAUAAAAACCAUUAAUUAGUGCUGUUUAACUCUCAAGCAUACUAUUGAAUUUCUACCUAUUAUAUAGCUUGAAACUUUAAAAACAUUGGCUUUUUGUUCUGUGCUAUAUUUGCCAGUUACUCUUAUUUUUUAAUGAUUAAAUGCAACACUACAUGCACAGUUAAACACUUUUCUGUUCCUUCCCUUUAUCCCUCUGCCAACAGUAGGCUGUACUUGAUAUAAGUAUUUAUAUGAAGCAAUGGUGGUUGUCAUUUUAUUAAUGAAGAAUGAGCAUGUCUGAAGCCAGCCCAAUUUGUUUAUUCUGUAAUAAAAAUAGUUAGAUUGCAGUCUGGAUUGGAGCUAGAUUACUAGUUAGGUGUUCUGAGAGCUUCAGUGUCUCUGACAGCUCAAUAAUUGAAAAUCCCAUAUAUGUAGAUACAACCCAUCUACUGGAUUUUAUCAUGGCUAGUUUUAGAACUGCUUAGGGAAACAAACUACCCAUCACAGCAUAUAUUUGGAAAUACAGCUUUCCAAAGAUAUUUUGGUAUUCUUUUUAAUUAAAAGACCUUGAAUCAUUUCCACCAAAUCCCAUUAACUCUCACUGUUGGUACUUCUGGGAGUUGGUAUUUUCGUGAUACCAUCAAAAAGUGGAAUUCAAAGCAUUACCCUUGUUGCAGUUUUAUAAAGCUUAGAAACUUCAAUGUAAGCAGCAUAUUUAAGAGAAAAAGGUAACCCUGUUACACAUUAUGUAUAAAUUGACUCUUUUGAAUGUAACAAAGCAUUGGCUAUUUGCAAUAGGAAGAUAAGUUUGUUAUAGCUUCUCAAUAUAGAAAGAAGGUUCAUUUCCUUUUAACCUACUCAUGCUGAAUGUCUGGAGUAACCAAGGUAUAUGGUAGUCCUUUGGGUUCAAAGGAGAUACACUGUUGUACAGUUCAUCUGUGUACACGGAGGGGGCUUUGCAGUCCCAGUCUGCACAAUAGGGGGACUGGAAGUCCAUUGUUGUAGUAACUGUGACAUCACUCACAGUUUUCUAUCGUUUUUUAGUGGCACCUGUCUUCA